AUGCCUCUCGUUGUUCCUGGGAUCAACUCCAACAUGGGCGACAAGUCCGAGUGGGUCAACAAACUGAUGGGAAAGAAGAUUAGCGACAGUGGAAGUGAUGAGCUUUCAUUUGCGAAGAAGGACCUUCCUCAAUCCCACCGCGUGCUGAAGCCGGAUGAUAUGAAGUCGAUGGACCAUAACCCUGAUAGACUGAACGUCCAUGUUGACCACGAUGGCACCGUCCGAGAUGUGACCUACGGCUAA